UAGACUAAAACAAUACACGUAUCUAAUUGAGUUUCAAAAGAGUUAAAAAUAGAAAGCGACACGACCACGAGUCAUUGUGAAGCUAAAAGAACCAUUCAUCAUUGUCUUGUGAAGGAGAGAAGGAGGCAAAGAGAAACAUGGGGAGAGUAAAAGAAAUAAAAAGAACAGCCAACGUGGCCUGGAGCCCACGCUCAAUCCAGUCCAUGUACUUAGCUGCUGGCACAGUUGCCCAGCAAUUAGAUGCUACAUUCAGUACGACAGCAAGCCUCGAGAUAUUCCAACUUGACCUGAGCAAAGGAGGCGAGGACAUGCCACUGGUCGGUAGCAUAGAAACGAAGCAACGAUUCCAUAAAUUAAUUUGGAGUGGGUUUGGCCUUGACGACUCGUAUCCAAUGGGCGUGGUCGUUGGAGGAUCGGAUAACGGGUCCGUCACACUCUGGAAUGUGGAAAAGAUUGCAAAUUCAGAGAGUGAAGAUGCUCUAAUAACUAGUCUGGAUCAACACAUUGGUGCAGUGAGGGCACUGGAUGUCAAUCCCUUUCAGUCUAACCUCAUUGCUUCCGGUGCUAGCGAGUCGGAGGUAUUCAUAUGGGACCUCAACAACCCCUCCAACCCCAUGAGCCCUGGCAACAAGCUCCACCCACUUGAAGAUAUCAGCGGGAUCGCUUGGAACAUGCAAGUUCAGCAUAUUCUCGCAUCGACGUCUCCCAAUGGACGCUCGGUUGUUUGGGAUCUGAGGAAGAAUGAGCCCAUCAUUCAAGUAUCUGAUUCUAACUCAAGAAUUCGCUGUAAGUCCAUAGCCUGGCAUCCUGAGGUAGCCACACAGCUGGUCACUGGUUCAGAGGAUGACCGUAGUCCCAUUAUCCAACUGUGGGAUCUACGAUACGCCACUGCCCCCCUGAGGGUACUGGAGCAACAUCAGAGAGGAGUCCUUAGUCUCUCCUGGUGCCCUCAAGAUGCCGACCUGUUGCUGAGUGCUGCUAAAGACAAUCAUGUGUAUUGCUGGAAUCCUAAUACUGAUGUACCAGGGGGAGAGGUUGUCUAUGAGCUUCCUGCUACCUCCCAAUGGAUAUUUGAGUGUCAGUGGUGUCCACGCAAUCCUGCCAUCAUUAGCACGUCCUCGUUUGACGGUCACGUGACCUUGUACUCCUUAUUAGGAGGGGGAGGAGCUUCUGAUGAUAACAAAGGCCUUGAGAGCCCAGUGGUUGAUACUAGUGAUCCUUUCUCAGCCAUUGCUGCUCAAAAGACCAAGAGGGUGGAUACAGCUCCUUUAAAGACUCCCCCAAAAUGGUUUAGGCGUCCUUGUGGAGCAAGAUUUGGAUUUGGUGGUCAGCUAGUCUCCUUCUCCUCUACUAAUCAACCCUCCCCUAGUGUUGUUCAUAUUAGUCAGGUUGUGACUGAGCCUCAGCUAUUGAAGCAGUCUGAUCAGUUUGAAACUGCAAUGAGUCAGCACUCUUAUCUUGAGUAUUGCUCCAAUAAGAUAUCGUCUGAUCCUGAGCACGAGCAAAUAUGGAAGUUUUUAAAGGCUAAAUUUGAGCCUGAGCCGAGGAGACAUUACCUUAACCUGUUAGGACUGAGUCCUGAAAAGCUCGCUGAAGAAGUGAACAGUUGGAUUGAUGUCAAGAAGCAAUGGGAUAUAGUGGAGAAUAAUGAUAAAGAUGAAGGAGAGGAAUCAGUUGCUACACUACCGCUGACCGACCCCGAGGGAGAGACUGCCCCUCUCUUUGACUCUGAAGGUCCAAGGAGUCCUUUUGAUGAUAUAGCUCGUGAAGUCACACCUCCUACUGCAGAUUUGUUUACUUUUGCUACCGGUGAAGACGGGAAUGAUCUUGAUGAUGAUUGCUUGCUCACUAAAGCAUUGUUGGUUGGUAAUUUCAAAGCAGCAGUUGACGUAUGCAUUAAAACUGACAGAAUGAGUGAGGCACUCAUACUAUCAGUUGCUGGAGGGUCCGAAUUAUUCCAAUCAACUCAGAAGCAAUUCUUUGAGAGCAAGAAAUCAGAUAGCACCAAGUUAAUAUCACUGAUAACCAGUAGGAAAUGGUCAGACAUUGCCCAGUAUGGUGACCUUACCAACUGGCGUGAAAUACUCUCUUGUCUUGUCACGUAUUCUACCAACGAAGACUUCACUAAGCUAUGCGAUGUACUCGGUAGGAGACUGGAGGAGACAGGGGACGAGGGUUGCUAUGACAAUGCGGCACUGUGUUACAUAUGCUCGGGGAAUGUUGCCAAAUUCGUCGAGUGUUGUUUGAGAUCUCGUGAUGGUAGUAUUGAUAAUCCAUUGACACUCCAAGAGCUGAUUGAGGAGGUUAUGCUACUCCGCGAGGCCAUAAGGAGUAAAAGUAAAGGAAACCCAGUGACCAUUGAUAAUGGAGUGCUGACUGAACAGUUAGGUUCAUAUGCUGCACUGCUGGCUAGUCAAGGAGCACUGAAGACAGCUUUAUUGUACCUUGAACAAACAACUAGUGAUCAAUCUGAUGUUAAUCUUCUUCAUGAUCGUCUUUCCCAACAUUUAAGAGGGACGUCCCCACGGUGUCCCUUUCAGCAAGUCAAUGUUAAACCCGUUGCUCCUGUGGUCACACCCACUGUCCCAAUGACCACGCCUACCUCGACCUCGAUGAUGUAUACUAAUAUGUACCAGCCAAAGGUGCCAGAAAAUGAAGUCACUAAAGGGUUAAAUAAUCAACCCCAACCUACUUAUUAUAAUAAUAUGAUGGGCGGGGCUCGUCACGAUUAUUCUCAUCAGGUUCCUCCAAUGGUACCAUCAUCACAUGGUACCAUGGCUCCACCUAUCCAGGCUCCGCCUACUUAUAAUCCUCCGAGUGUUGAUAUGUACCCUCCUCCUGGUUCUCACUCAUUUCCUGGGGCUUGGAACGACCCACCCACACUCAGGCAUGCUAAAAAGCAACCCAAGGUCGUAGCCCCACCUGUUCCAAUGACUAGCCCGUUAGCAUUAGCUCCAGUGGAAGAUUCUCCUCAUCAUGCUCCUGCUAAUGUCCCAUCAGUUCCUCCACCUAGCACUGGACCACCUACUAGCAAUAUGCAGCCUAAUCCUGUUGCUCCUGUUAAAGCUACAGCUCCUGACCCAAUUCCUCAGCAGCCCAUCCCACCUGAACAUGAAAUACUGCACAGUGUAUUCAAUGGACUGCUAAUGCAGUGCAAAUCAAGAGCCAAUAAUAACGUGAUGCGUCGUAAAGUUGACGAAAUAAGUCGUAAACUUGAUAUCUUAUACGACCUGAUCCGUCAGUCUCGUCUCUCACCUGACGUACUGCAAGGACUUCACGCCAUUGCUCAAGAUGUUCAAGGUGUUAAUUACGUGAGCGGGCUGGCCCGUCUCACCCACAUGGUGUCUACUAGUAACUUGUCAGAGAUAUCUUCAUUCAUGCCGGGCAUAAAGACACUGCUACAGUUAGGAAUGCAGCUUAGGGUCUAGAGUAGGACUUGGAACUAGCUUGCUAUUAAUAAUUUAUAAAUAUU